AUGGCGGUCCCCGCGCUCGCGACGGCGCAGACCGCGACGAUCCGCGUCUCCUCGCGCGCCCGCGCGCCGCGCGCGUCCGCCGCGUCUUCAUCGCGCGGCGCGUCUCCGACGACGCCUUCAUCGCCGGUGACGAUGAAGGCGUCGUCGUCCGCGCGCGCGAGCGCCUCGUCGGGACCGUGCGCGACGUCGAAGGUCCGUCCGCGAUCGCGCACGCGCCUUCGCGCGAUCGAGUCCGACACGGCGCGCUCGGCGAAGCAGCACGCCGUCGACACCGACCUCGAGGUCCCGGAGUGGCACUCGCGGUCGCUCAUCGAGGACGGCCGCGCCUUCACGGAGACGUUCCCGGUGCGAUUCGACGAGGUGGGCCCGAACAAGAAGACGACGAUGCGCACGAUCGCCUCCAUGCUCCAGGAGUGCGCGUGCAACCACGCGCAGGGGAUCUGGGGUCGCUCGCAGGCGAUGCCCGCGGAUAUGAAAGCGCAGAACCUCGGGUGGGUGUGCACGCGCCUGCACAUCGUCGUGGACGAGUACCCGGCGUGGGGCGACAUGGUCGAGGUGAGAACGUGGUUCGACUCUCAGGGGAAGAUCGCCGCGCGGCGCGACUGGGACAUGUACUACUGCACCGGGGACGAGGAGCCGAACGAGCAGUGCGCGAGCGUCGGACGCGCGACGUCGCAGUGGGUCGCGUUCAACAUCGCGAAGCGCAAGCUCGCGAGGAUACCCGCGACGGUCAUCCCGCAGUUUCGCGAGCAGGCGCGUAAAACACGUGCGCUGAAGAACACGCCCGUCAUGGGCGACGACUACGACCCGGAUAAGCUCCCGGACGUGCGCGAGAUGUCCGGCGCGAUCGCGCCGACGACGCAGAGCGUCCGACGGAACGAUCUCGACAUGAACGGGCACGUAAACAACGUCGUGUACACGGAGUGGCUCCUCGAGGCGGUGCCGCACUACAUGUGGAACGAGUUCGAGCUCACGGAGCUCGUGUUGGAGUUCCGCGAGGAGUGCGGGUACGGAGAUCUCGUGGACGCGGUGAGCGCGAACGAGAAGCGCGUGCGCACGGAGUUUGGGCAGGAGAACGCGGGCGUGAGCAUGGCGCACAUGCUGUUGAGGAAGAGUAAGGGCGGGAGCGGCGACGGAGCCCCGACGGAGGUGGUCAGGGCGAGGACGGUGUGGAAGGCGCGGCCGCGGUCGCCCGACCUUCCGGCGCCGGCGCGGUAG